CUGUCUGAUAGACCAACAACUACUGAUGCAACAACAACUUUGGCAUCCACAACCUCCCCUACUACAACCUCAACUUUAGCACCACUCACAACAACUACUGAUGCAACAACAAUUUUGGCAUCCACAACCUCCCCUACAACAUCCUCAACUAUAGCACCAGUCCACCCCUCCAACAUCCUCACCAAUAGCACCUGCAUCAACAACUGA